AUGCCACCCGAAGGAAGCGCGAGUGCUGGGAUACUGUCAGGUUGCCCUAUUCAGGGAAAUCGAGAGGCAGAGGUUUGGACCACGGACCUUCCGGGAUGGACUGAACACUUCAAAAAACGGUUUAGCUGGUCUCCUUCAACACAACCGCUGGAAGAAGCCCACGGCCCACUAUCAGCAGCAAAAAUCCAGCGUGAGAUAUCAACCCUCGAGCAAGACAAGGCCCCUGGUGCAGAUCUAUACCCCGCAGCCUUCAAAGAAAGUGGCGAGGUUCUGGUUCCGGUGGACAGCGACCUAACUGAUAUUGUGAAGGAAAUAUCGAUCAUGCAGCAAUGCGAUAGUCCAUUCAUCGUCAAGUGUUACGGAAGUUUGUUUGAUAGUCAAGAUUUAUGGAUUUGCAUGGAGUACUGUGGUGCGGGUUCGAUUGCUGAUAUCAUGCGAUUGCGCGGGAAGGCACUUGAAGAACGAGAAAUCGCCACUGUGCUCCAAUAUAGUCUUCGUGGCUUGGAUUAUCUGCAUCAAGUUAUCCAAGAGAUCGGAUACAACUACUCGGCCGAUAUUUGGUCUUUAGGUAUUACGGCAAUCGAAAUGGCCGAAGGGAAGCCUCCGCUGGCGGAUAUCCAUCCGAUGCGUGCUUUGUUCAUGAUCCCCAGUCAACCACCUCCUGCACUUCGAAAGCCCAGUUCUUGGUCCGCUGAGUUCCGUACUUUUGUCACCGCCUGCCUGUCCAAAACACCGGAAUCGCGUCCUACCGCCGCCGCUCUACUCCAAACGGAGUUUAUACGUCAUGCACAGUCAUGUUCUAUCUUACUUGCCGGUAAUUUUUGUUCGAAUAUGGACUCCUACCAGGACGAUAAUGAAUGGCUUUUCUGGGGCGGUUUACCAUCGUUGAUUGCUCGCCCAUGGCUCCACGUUAUCCAAGAGAUCGGAUACAACUACUCGGCCGAUAUUUGGUCUUUAGGUAUUACGGCAAUCGAAAUGGCCGAAGGGAAGCCUCCGCUGGCGGAUAUCCAUCCGAUGCGUGCUUUGUUCAUGAUCCCCAGUCAACCACCUCCUGCACUUCGAAAGCCCAGUUCUUGGUCCGCUGAGUUCCGUACUUUUGUCACCGCCUGCCUGUCCAAAACACCGGAAUCGCGUCCUACCGCCGCCGCUCUACUCCAAACGGAGUUUAUACGUCAUGCACAGUCAUGUUCUAUCUUACUUCCUCUUAUUGAAGAAUCCAACGCAGCACGAGAGAAGCGACUUUCAGACUCUAAAGCCGCAAUUCUGUCGGGCAUUACCCAUGAGGCAAACCAAGCGCAUACGCCGGGUGAGAAACGCACUUCGAUGGAUGCGGCUACUGCUGCUGCUGCUGAAGGGAUUGACGAUGGCAACGGCACUAUGGUACGGCAAGAUGUGUCGCUCCCCUCGGCGCAGAUGGAUCACGGUUUCGAUGGCAAUCUCACUUUGGUGUCCUCGGACUCGGUCGAAGUUGUUAGAAGAACAGGAACGUCAGGAAGCCAGCAUUCUCGCCGAAUUCUUUCACAUUCUGGCAACGAGGACGAUCCAGCUACUAUGGUGAUCAAGCGAAGUGAUGAUGAGGCUGGUGGUGAACCGCAAGACGAGGACGAGGAUGAUAGUGGCUCGGUCAUUGUGCAUAACACCAAUGGUUCGAUUGAUAUGGAUGGGCGUGACAGUGAACGGCACAAAGCUUUCGAAAUGUUGGAUGCAGCUAUGCGACCUACCACAACGGUUGAAGGAACAUUAACGCGUAGAGCAAAGGCUGACGGCGUGCCCCGCGCUUCUGUAUCCAAUGUUCAAGACUUCCCGAAUUACGGUGGCGCUGCUCCACCUGUCGCCAAUGUUGCGGCUCGACCUUCGGUUCCCCAGCGUCCUUUUGCUCCUUUUUCACGCGCCUUGCAACACAACGGUUUGUUUCCGGGAGGGUUGGUGCAUGAGCCUGGUGCAUUGAAUCGUCUGUCUUACGCGGAGCUUCAACGCUUGUUGAAUACGUUAACCGUGGACCUGGAAACUGAGCUUCGAAAUCUUGCAAUACGAUACAGACACAAACGGCAACCUCUGUUGGAUGCCAUUGCCGAGAAGACGGCCCAGGCAACCGAAAUGAAGCUGAUGGAAGCCGGACAUCCAGGUUCCGCGUCUGGCUCCCUUCAUUCUGGGACUACCAGCACUCCUCCCGGCAGCACAAUCAGAUCGUAUCCGUUUGCAUCAUCCUCGUUUAGUUCUCCAUCCGUGAGAAUCGAAAGCCCGUUCGCUCCCUUGACCAUCGGGUCAGUGACGUGUUCCAAACGGACCAAAUCCUGCAGGAAAGGUGACAACGUAUACAGUUUUAGAUGCUGGGUCCGACAUAACGCUAGCAAUUGGGACCUUCUGGUGAAAAAUGAGGUCAGGCUGCUACCCACGUCUAUGACCAUUGAUACACUGGGUGGUUCCAUGGGAUACACAUCGGAAGCUAAUGACAUCAGGCUUUCAUCAAUGGAUGAAAACCAGUCGAUAGAUAUUGACAAAGCAUUCGUCGUUGACAACUUACCUAUGCAAGCUGUCCCAUCUAUCAAAGAAGCGGCUCGCAAGUGGCCUCACCUUAAGGAAGUUGCCUUCGACGAACUGACUGAAGCCGAUAUAGGAAUCCGUAUUGGGUGUGACGUAUCUGAAGCGCACUUGUUCUUCGACCAGCGCCUGGGGGGUAAAAAACAGCCGCUUGCUGUGAAAACCUUACUCGGUUGGAUACUUCUUGGUCCGAUGAAAAACGGGACAAAACAGAAGGUC